CAAAGUGAGCAGUAGCCAACAUGUCAGGGUGGGAGUCAUAUUACAAAACUGAGGGCGAUGAAGAAGCUGAAGAAGAACAAGAAGAGAACCUUGAAGCAAGAGGAGACUAUAAAUAUUCAGAAAAAGAUAGUUUGAUUUUUUCGGUUGAUGCCUCCAAGGCUAUGUUUGAAUCUCCUAGUGAAGAUGAGUUGACACCUUUUGACAUGAGCAUACAGGAGCUGGAUAAUCCAGGUGCAAAACAAAUUCUAGAGCUUGACCAGUUUAAGGGGCAGCAGGGACAAAAACGUUUCCAAGACCUGAUGGGCCAUGGAUCUGACUACUCACUCAGUGAAGUGCUGUGGGUCCAUGCCAACCUCUUUAGUGAUGUCCAAUUCAAGAUGAGUCAUAAGAAGAUCAUGCUCUUCACCAAUGAAGACAACCCCCAUGGCAAUGAGAGUGCCAAAGCCAGCCAGGCCAGGACGAAAGCCAGUGAUCUCCGAGACACAGGCAUCUUCCUUGACUUGAUGCAUCUGAAGAAGCCUGGAGGCUUUGAUAUAUCCUUGUUCUACAGAGAUAUCAUCAGCAUAGCAGAGGAUGAGGACCUCAGGGUUCACUUUGAGGAAUCCAGCAAGCUAGAAGACCUGUUGCAGAAGGUUCACGCCAAAGAGACCAGGAAGUGAGCACUCAGCAGGUUAAAGCUGAAGCUCAACAAAGAUAUAGUGAUCUCUGUGGGCAUUUAUAAUCUGGUCCAGAAGGCUCUCAAGCCUCCUCCAAUAAAGCUCUAUCGGGAAAUAAAUGAACCAGUGAAAACCAAGACCCAGACCUUUAAUACAAGUACAGACGGUUUGCUUCUGCCUAGCGAUACCAAGAGGUCUCAGAUCUAUGGGAGUCGUCAGAUUAUACUGGAGAAAGAGGAAACAGAAGAGCUAAAACGGUUUGAUGAUCCAGGUUUGAUGCUCAUGGGUUUCAAGCCAUUGGUACUGCUGAAGAAAGGCCAUUACCUGAGGCCCUCCCUGUUCGUGUACCCAGAGGAGUCGCUGGUGAUUGGGAGCUCAACCCUGUUCAGUGCUCUGCUCAUGAAGUGUCUGGAGAAGGAGGUUGCAGCAUUGUGCAGAUACACACCCCGCAGGAACAUCCCCCCUUAUUUUGUGGCUUUGGUGACUCAGGAAGAAGAGUUGGAUGACCAGAAAAUUCAGGUGACUCCUCCAGGCUUCCAGCUGGUCUUUUUACCCUUUGCUGAUGAUAAAAGGAAGAUGCCCUUUACUGAAAAAGUCAUGGCAACUCCAGAGCAGGUGGACAAGAUGAAGGCUAUCAUUGAGAAGCUUCCCUUCACAUGCAGAAGUGACAGCUUUAAGAACCCUGUGCUGCAGCAGCACUUCAGGAACCUGGAGGCCUUGGCCUUGGAUUUGAUGGAGCCAGAACAAGCAGUGGACCUGACAUUGCCCAAGGUUGAAGCAAUAAAUAAAAGACUGGGCUCCUUGGUGGAUGAGUUUAAGGAGCUUGUUUACCCACCAGAUUACAAUCCUGAAGGGAAAGUUACCAAGAGAAAACACGAUAAUGAAGGUUCUGGAAGCAAAAGGCCCAAGGUGGAGUAUUCAGAAGAGGAGCCGAAGACCCACAUUAGCAAGGGCACGUUGGGCAAGUUCACUGUGCCCAUGCUGAAAGAGGCCUGCCGGGCUUACGGGCUGAAGAGUGGGCUGAAGAAGCAGGAGCUGCUGGAAGCCCUCACCAAGCAUUUCCAGGAUUGACCAGAGGCCAUGCGUCCAGCUGCCCUUCCACAGUGAGGCCAGGCUGCCUGGCCUUGUCCUCAGCCAGUUAAAAUGUGUUUCUCCUGAGCUAGAAAGAGUCUACCCGACAUAAGUCGAGGGACUUUAUGUUUUUGAGGCUUUCUGUUGCCAUGGUGAUGGUGUAGCCCUCCCACUUUGCUGUUCCUUACUUUACUGCCUGAAUAAAGAGCCCUAAGUUUGUACUAAAAAAAAAAAAAGAAAGAAA